GGAGUGCAACGAGAGAUGCGAUGUGGGUUACCCGAGAUGCAAAUCAACACCUUAUCUGUGCGGAGUCAGCGAAAACGGGCCUGCCCUUUGCCAGAACAGUGUUUUCAGCCGGCCGGGUAAUGCGCAGCACCCUUCUGCUCCUGCUGAUGGCCUUCGCCGCAGCCCACUAUGACCACCGGUCGUUGCCUGAACUUUGCCAGUUGUCGCAGCCGGAGGUGAGGGUGAAUGAGGCGGUCAUGCUCACCCUGUGGCAACAGCCACAUAAAGAGAAUCAACCCUUCGUUGCCAACUGCAGCGUGCGCGUAAUUGCGCCAGCGGGCCACCUGCUCGGCAUCGCCUACCUCGACAACCAGACCGAUCAAUGCCCCAUCAGACUGGACGUAAUGCAUAGAAGCGCCACCUUCGAAGGGGAGUUUCGCAACCUGUGCGCGCGUCAAAAUUCGUCGCACUCGCGAUUGCCGAGCAUGUUCACCGAGGAAGUGAGUCUGGUGGUGCGCGGAGACACGGGCGAUGGGCCGGAGGGGUGGCCGCCCGUCGGCCACACGGUGCUGCUGACCGCCCUGGGGAUGAACGAGGUGUGCCAGGACAACGAGCGGUACUACCCUUGCGUCAUGAUGGACACGCCGGCCAGCGACGUGACGCGCCACCUGCGCUUCUGCGUGCCCCAGUCGGUCGUGUGCGACCACCUGCUCAACUGUCCGGCCUCGGGCGCCGACGAGAUCGGCGUCCUUUGCAGACAGCAGGACGACAAGUACAGCCCGCUGCUCGUCAACCACCAACUCAACCUCCUCACAGAGCAGGAGCACUUCCAACAUUACAACAACACAACACCCCACAAAGACAUCAACUGGUUUGUGGGCGCCUCAGGGUGGACACUCGUCGUGGUGGCCGCCAUCGUGGUGCCCGUCGUCCUUGCGGCCGUCGUAAUCCUCAAGAGCCGCCAAAAGUCCGAGACAGAGAGUCAACUGGGCCUGAGUCUUUCAACGAUCGAGGUGCGGCCGGAGCACGAAGAGCCGCCUCCUGACUACAAUACCAUUUUCCCCUCACAAGCAACCCCUGCGGAGCUUCCAAACCAACUUGGAAAGAAUGACAAUGAAAACUGACUGAUUUCGACACAAAGGGACUUUUUAAUUUUAUAGCCGACUAUGAGUCGAUUUUUCAUAAUAUUUGGUCCGAAAAUCCUCCUUGAAAAAUUUUUAAUGAUUUUGUGUUCAACUGAAGCAUUCAUCAAAUAUAUGUACAAAGGCACCCUCAUGAAUUCAUUUUUUUUAAUGUGCAAAUUAAUUAUUAUAUCAUAAUUUUUUUUUAUAUUCGGAAUUGCUAAUUUUUUUGCAUCCUCCGCAGAUAACAAUCGCACGACUUUUCAUAUCAUCAUUCGCGCUUAAGAUUAUAAGCCCCAUUAAUUUUAGAGGUGUGUAUUUUGAUAAGUAGGUCUGAUGAUAAUAAAGAAUUGAUCCAAUCACUCA